AUGUCUCUCCCUUCUCCCUCCGUCUGCCCGCCUGUCUCUGAUGAUGAUGAUCCCCCCGCCGGGGUCCCAGUCCCAUUAUUUACCACCGUGCGAAAUAAUCCUCCGAUUCUCUACGACGGCUGCAACGGUUGGACGCGACACGGAAACGGCGGCACUCCUCCUCCUCCAGCACCCACGAGCGCACACGAGAACACACGAGAUCCAAGUUCGAGACGCUCUCUUUCUACUCUCUCUCGCUCCCCCUCUGCCACUCAGCGGUCUGACCGCGCGACCAGCAGCUACCAGUUGUCCUCAGUGCUGGGUCCGACGCCACCAGAGCACCCAAUGCCACCCUGUGCCCGCGCCGCGCAUGGGCGGAUGCAGCGAAUGUUCUUGAUCUGCAAGAGAAGCAAACAAAGAAGGGAUUGCGAAGCCCAUUCUUCCGGGGGGGGGCAAGCCCCUUGUUGCGGAGUGGCUCAAGGCUCAACUCAAGGCUCAUUAUUGAGCUUGUUAUUAUUGCGCAUUGCUUCGCGCAGUCAGUAUUCACACGACGAUGGUGACGGCAAUGGUGCGACAUCCACCGUACGACAUGCCGAAUACACAACAAUUUGCAAGAACAAGAACAAGAAUAAUGGCAAUGACAAUGCCAAUAAUGGCCACAAUUCACGUGGCAGCCAGCCAUUAUUAAACCUAAACCCCGAGCCAGGAGGCUCUGCGGAUCUCCCAAGCAGGAAAAUCCCCCGGACGAGCGCUCGCUGGCUCCUCCACUACUUACCUAUCCGCUGGUGGGAAGGAGUUCACUGGCAUCCUACCAUUUUUUUUUCUCUCGCCUUCGCCAACAACCCAUUCCGCAUCUGCGGCCCGACGAAAUACUUCUGUGGCCUUCUUCUACAGGAAGGAGAAGCGCAAAACCAGCGCCUCGCAGAUAUGUACAUACCAUACAUACUACAGAAGACCAUGUACGAAGUACAGUCACUCCUGACUGACUCCACCUGGUUCCUGGCACCUGGCAUAAUGUUGAGAAGAGCGCAGCUUGCCAAGUGCGAGAGCUCCGAACCCCCGUUAGCAAAGCCUCGGUGA